AUGACUCCCACCAUUUCAGCCCUGGUAGGCGCUCUGCUAGGACUGAUACUCCACCAUGUCGUCUUUAUCCACGGCGAGUGGCAUGUUCGAGCACCAGAAAUUCUAGUCUAUCAUCUCGUCUACUUCGGGGGCUUGUUGAUGGCUACGGCUCACGCACGUUGGGUGAUUGCUGGAUAUCUCAUUGCGCUCUACUCUAGCAUAAUCAUCUACCGUGUCUACUUCCACCGUCUCAGCCAUUUCCCAGGACCCAAAUGGGCACGCGUCACCAAGAUAUGGCAUGCCUGGAAAUCGCGGCAUCGCCAGAAUUUCCUGGUGUUGUCGGAACUGCAUCGCCAGUACGGAGACUUUGUGAGAACGGGCCCCGGCGAGAUCACCGUCUUCCACCCGGGUGUCUUCAUUGCCAUUGACGGACCUCAAGGGAGCUGUGUCAAGUCCGAGUGGUAUGACUUGUUGCACCCCAAGCAAUCCUUGGUGACGGCUCGGAACAAAGAAGCGCAUGGCCUGCGGCGUCGACAGUGGAAUAAAGGGUUUACAUCUCAGGCACUCGAUCAAUACCAGGAACGCAUCCUCCCCCUUAUCAACCAGCUGGAGAAUUGCAUCAAUCAAGAUAUCGGUGCUGGGAAGGUGACCGAAGUGACUGAUUUGUUUUACUGGCUUGGGUUCGAUCGUAUGGGAGACUUCGUUUUUAGCCAGAGUUUCAAUAUGUUGUCUCGUCAAGAAUGGCAUUACAUCAUUCUGCUUAUGCAGAGGGCCCUUUCUCUCCUUGGACCAUUGAGCCCAGUUCCUUGGUUUAUUCACAUUGCCUUCAAGCUUUUCCCUCGGGUGUGGAUUUUAAAGGAUUGGUUCCAGAUGGUGGCCUGGUGCGAGGAGCAGAUGCUCAAACGAUUGCAGGCACCAAACGAUACAUGCAAAGUCCGCGAUGUCGCCCAUUACCUCCUCCAAGACGCGCGGGAUGACCCUGGACGCUUCCCAUGGCUUACUGGCGACAGCAUACUGGCUAUUGUAGCCGGCAGUGAGCCGACUGCAGCCGUUCUCGUAGGGUUAUUUUGCGAGUUGGCAAAGAAGCCGCGACAUGCAGAAGUAAUUCUUGAAGAGAUGAAAGCCAUCGACAUCACGGAUUCUCGAGCACUGGCAUCAAGUUGUCCUCAUCUGGAGGCAGCCAUUCUGGAGGCCCUGCGGCUGUAUCCUGCCCUGCCCACGGGAGGAACCAGAAAAACUCUUGAGAAGGGUAUCAUAGUUGCAGGAACUUUCAUCCCACCAGAGACGACUGUGGUUGCGCCGAGAUUUUGUAUCUCACGCCGAGAAGAUUGCUUCGAGCAAGCAGAAAAGUUCAUUCCAGAGCGCUGGUACAAGAAACCCGAGAUGGUGCGCAACAAAGUUGGCUUUGUGCCAUUUGGACUAGGUCACCACAGUUGUCUCGGUCGCGCGCUCGCAAUGAAUGACAUGCGACUGAUCACUGCACGACUCGUACAGCGAUACCGUUUUCAACUCCCACCCGGGGAGACUGGAGAAGAAGUGCUGCGGGACUUGAAGGAUCAUUUCACCUCGAAUCCCGGUCGCCUACGCCUGGUUUUUGAGUUGCGUGAAAACUAA